CACUUUUACUUGGAUCACCUGACCUGGAGAGCACACCUGAAGGCCAGGCCAGCACACAGGCAGCUGACGGCCUCGCCAUGGAUCCCAACGAGGCCAAAGGGGGUGAGAAGGAGAAGGAAAAGGAGAAGGACAAAGCGAUAAAGAGGAGAAACCGGCCUGUGUUCCUGCGUUACCUGGAGAGGAGAAAGACAGACACCAUCGUGGCUGAGGACACGGCCAAAGGUGACAUCAACCUGGGGACGCUGGUGAGGAGGAGUCAGUCUGACAAGACGGAGUACAGCGCCAAACUGAAAGAGAAAAUGACACCACACGACUUGUCCACACCCCCCUCCCCAGCACUGGACCCAGAGGAGAUCCGUUUGAGGAAGAUGAACCGCAGGGCAAAGGUCAUUCAAGAGCUUGUGCAGACUGAAAAGGACUACCUCACUGACCUGGAGCUAUGCAUCAGAGAAGUCGUCCAGCCUCUGCGAAAUCUGCAGGUUGUGGAUGUGGACAGGAUGUUUACCAACAUGGAGACAGUGUGUGAGGUUUCUGCAGCGCUCCUUCACAGACUGCAUGCAGCCAUGGCUGACCCUGACCCAGAGGCAGUUGUCAUUGGAGAAAUAUUCAUCCAGGCGAAGGCAGCUUUAGAAGAUGUUUACAAGAUUUACUGUUACCAUCAUGAUGAUGCCAACAUGUCGCUCAAAUCCUACGAGAAAGAGGAAGAAAUAAAGCAACAUUUCACAACGUGUGUAUUAGCCCUGAAGAAAAUCUACGACCAAGAAGGGAAACCCAACUUGCUGGACAUGGGUUCAUUGAUCAUCAAACCGGUCCAGAGGAUUAUGAAGUACCCGCUGCUGCUCCGGGAGCUGUGGCAUGCCACACCUGAAGACCACCCUGACUAUCAGCCGCUGCAGGAGGCGUACACCGCCGCCAGGAUUAUCAAUGUUAACAUCAAUGAGUUCAAGAGACGCAAGGAUAUAGUUAUGAAGUAUAAGAGGUUGGAAGAUGAAGGCACGCUUAGGGGCAAACUUAACAAGUUCAACAUCCACUCUAUCCGGAAGAAAGGUGACAGGUUUGCUGGCUAUCUCAAGAUCCUCACUGGAGUAGAGCCACAGGUGAGAGAUGAAGUAUUUGACAGAGAGGAGAAGCUGUUCAGGAGUCUGGAGAAGGCUGUGAGACAGCUGGUCAAGAACGUUCAGUGUUACCUGCAGCACACUCAGGAGAUGGUGUCUGUAGCUGUUCAGAACGUCCAAGACAUGGAGGACAUCAUCAAGGAUUCAAACAAAACACACACAAAUGGCUUGUCGCACAAAAAUGGAAAUGACCCUUAUAAGCACUUUAAAGACAGCAUGGAGCGCCUGGUCCUCGCCCCGCUCUCCUCCCUGCAAGGCAUGUUCACAGCCCCACAGAAGCUUAUCCAGAAGCGUUAUGACAAAUUGCUGGAUUACUGCAGCCGCCUGGAGCGUUCCUCUUCUUUUUCAUCCUCAUCCUCGUCAUCCACCACUUCUUCCUCUCCUUCACUGGUGUCAGAAGACCCGCCCGGUCCAGCCAGGAGGGACUAUGAAGCCAUUAAUGCCUUGCUGGUGGAGGAGUUGCAGAGGUUCAACAUGGCUGCCUACACUAUCCUGACCAACUGUGUGAUGUAUCUGGUGGCCCUACUCAGAGGGAUGAUGGAUAAAAUACUCAUUCGUGCCCCAUCCAUACAGCAGCUACCAGCUCCAUUGUCAAACAUUGCUGAAGUGCAGAACAGCAUCAUGGAUGAGCUGAACAAUCUGACUUUUGUCAAGGAUAAUGCACAGAAGUUAAUGGAGCGAAAAGUCAGCUUCGAGAGACAACGAGACAAGAAAACAGCGGUGCCGGAGGUGCAGCAUCAAACCGAGGAACAGCGUGCCUGGCUGCUGGCAGAAUACCCACCGAGCCGUCUGUACCAGCUGAAGAGGAAGUGUAAUGGCUGCCAGGAGCAGGACCUCAGCCUGCUGGAGGGGGAGCUGGUAGCUUUGCUGGAGGACACGGACCCAUUAGGCAGCAGCAGCCGCUGGCUGGUUCACACCGGAGGUUCACAGGGCUACGUCUACUCCACAUUCCUGAAGCAGUACAAUCCUCUGAGGGACUCCCAGCGCGCAGGCCAGAUGGCCAAAGAGCAGCAACAGCAGCAGCCGCCUGCCAUGGUGGAUGAAGACUUUGACGACAUCAGCCUGUUUGUGUCAGGCAGUGGCAGCAGCAGCCUGCGCAGCUUUAACCUCAACACCACUGACAGCAGCUCGUCCCUCUCUGGACUACAGGGGGAGCCAGAGAGCCCUGAGGACCUGGAGGACACACUGGACACCGACUCUCAGCAGUUUUAUGCCGUGUAUGCAUUUCAAGCGCGCUGUGACCAAGAGCUGACCUUGCAGGAGCACCAGCAUGUCCGCAUACUCAAGUUCUGUGACCUGGGAGGCAAUAAGGAGUGGUGGUUAGCUGAAGCUAAUGGACAGAGGGGAUAUGUUCCUGCCAACUAUCUUGGCAGGAUGUCCUAUGCAUAAAUAGAGGCCCUUUAUUUAUGCACAGGACAUCCAGAACCCCCUCCAAAAACCAACCUGUGGCAUUUUAAACAAACGUACACUUUAAUACAUAAUUGAAAUAUUCCUGAAUGUUGAACACGCCACAUUUCUGCUCAGUGUAAGUCAAAAUUGCACUAGGGUAUCACUAGAUGUUAUUAUAGGUCUCAUACCAAAAGUGUUGAUGUUGAAACUGCUUUGCCCUCAGAAGAUCAUGACACAAGAGCUCACCAAUAUUCUGUGACGUAUCUAAAUAAUGGUAGGAAAAUACAGAGCACUGUGCUGAGCACUUUUUCUAAUUCAGUGUUGUUGAAUUUAUAUUGAUAAUGAAGAGAUUUAUCCAUGAAGUUAAUCUUUGUUUAGCUAAGUUUGGUUGUCAGCCUGAGAUCAGAUAUUUUGAUAAUGAAGUGAUUUAUCCAUUAAGUUAAUUUUAUAUGUGAACCGAUUAACAAAUGAAGUAAAUGUUAUAUGUGAA